GUAGAGAAAUGUUUUCUCUACAAAACUGCCGUUUUAGAAAAAUGUUGCAAAUCGUUUUUAUGAAAAUACAAAACAUUUAUUGUGAAUUUUUGAAAAAUACGAAAAAAUAACCGAUGCACUCCUAGUUAUAACUAGACUUUGCUUAAUUACCAUUUGAAAGAAAAAUCUUUAAGCUACAGGAUAAAAUUUUCUCCAACUCUGUACAUUGCUCAGCUGAAGAGCUAUGAAUUUCCCAAAUUGUUACGGACUUAGGCUUUUUAGCUAGUAGGCUUGAACAGAUCGAUAAAGAGUACUGUUCAGCUACUCAUGUUAAUCAUCAAAACUUCUUCAGUAAUCAUAAAAUAUAAGAAUGGAAAAAAAACUAAUUAUAUUUCUGAAAUUUUCAUAUCUUGCAUUAUUAUUAUUAUUAGGUUAUGGCCAAACAAAAAAACAUGUAUCGGCAAACUUAUUAAAAUUGGUGAAUUUAGAACAGUCAAAAGAUACGUAUUGUGGAGCAUUAUCCGGAGGAAUGAAGCGUCGACUCUCAAUUGCUUGUGCAUUUGUGGGUGAUACUAAAAUUGUCCUAUUAGAUGAGCCUAGUAGUGGUUUAGAUCCAUCGAAUCGUCGAAAUCUAUGGGAUUGGAUUCGUCGAAUGAAAGAGGGAAAAACACUCUUACUCACCACUCAUUUCAUGGAGGAGAGCGAUGCUUUAUCCGAUCGUAUUAUCAUAUUGGCCGAUGGUAAACUUAAAGCCGAAGGAACGACAAUGAAAUUAAAAGAAAUGUUUGGUUCUGGUUAUAAAUUUAUUAUUACUAAACGUCCAAAUGUGAGACGAACAUCGGAUGAAAUUAAACAAAUACUAAAACGUUAUUUAUCUCAAAUAACAAUUGAAUCAGAAACACCAGCAGAAUUAGUUUUUCGUUCGAAUGAACAACCCAAUAGUCAAUUUAUUGAUGCUUUAAAACAACUUGAUCAAAUGAAAUUAGAUAAUCAAAUACUAGAUUAUGGAUUACAAAAUAGUACAAUGGAUGAUGUCUUUUUUAAAAUCACUCAAGAAAAUACUGAUUCAACAUUAAAUGAUAAAGUAACAACAGUUGAUGUUGAAACAAUUAAUGAUCAAUGUCGACAAGUAUUUAAAUAUAAUAAAAACAAAUCUAAUACAAACAUAGGAUUUAUUAGAUAUUAUCUUAGUCAAAUAAUGGGUUUAUUAGUGAAAACAAUUCGUGUUCGAUAUAGACGUUGGGUUUUAACAUUAAUUAUUCUAUUAUUACCCAUCAUUUAUCAAUUAUAUUUUGGAUUAGAUGGUAGAAAAACUAAACAAGCGGGUCUAAUUAAAAUGAAUCCAAAUUUGUUACAACCACAAACAAUGAUGAUUAGUGUUGAUGAUAAUGAUUCAAAAUAUUUAAAUGCAUUGAAAGCACUUGGUGGAGCAAAAACAAAAUUUGAUCAACGAUCAUUGACAAUUGAAGAUAUGAAUGAAGAAAUACAAAAAAUGCGUGAGAAAAAACCUUAUACUUAUACAGAUUAUUAUGUAGCCGUUAAAGUUCCUACUGGAUCGUUACCAUCUACCUUUAAAAUGCAAGCAUUAUCGUCAAAUUUAAUUGGUGGUUAUGAAAUUCUUACUCUUGCUACAAAUACAUUUUAUAGAUAUUUGAUAAAUGAUACUCAAGCAUCAAUUGAAACAACACUUGUUUACAAGAAAGGAGCAAAUUUUACUUCAGACGAUUUAACAAUAUCAAAUAUAUUAGAUUUUUUUAAUAUUCUAUCAUGUUUCAUUCAAUUUAUUCCAAUUACAUUAUUUCUAGAUUUAUGUGUAUAUUAUUUGAUUUAUUUAUAUACAACUACAUUUCUUAUCAGUGAACGAAAAGAUCAGUUUUUAUCACUAAUAUAUAUCAGCGGUUUACAUCCAAUAGUCUAUUGGUUAUUUAAUUAUUUGUUCGAUAUUCUUAUGUGCACACUAUGGUUUUGUUAUUUGUUAAUUGUCUAUGUAAUAUUCAAUGCUAUAUUUAAAGAUGAUAGUCAAGAUCAACAAUUACAAACACUUCAGUUUGAAGAUCCAUUUAUAAUGCGAAAAAAGUUUUAUCCACUCACACUUCUUAUUUCAAUUCCAACAUUACCAUUUGUAUAUCUGAUGACAAAAGUAUUUAAAAGCGAUAUACUUGGUGGCAUUGCCAUAUUUGCUGGUUUAGUCAUAAUUCAUAUAUUAAGUUUAAUUCGUGGUAUAACUCGAAUGAUAUCUAAAAUUGAAGCACUCAAUCUUUCAUUAUAUUGGAUAAUGAAUGCACUCUUUCCUAGUAUUAAUGCUCAAGUUCUGGUUACACGAAUACUAUCGGAUGGAAGUCAGUUUUGUCGAGUAGCAAGACUAGGCACUUUCACAUUACCAUUUGAAGGCGAUGGUUAUUUAUGGAUAAAUAUACUCUUAUUUGUUAUACAUUGUUUAGUCCUUUUUUUUCUACUUGUUUCAAUUGAUAGUGGAUUAAUCAAAUUUUCAUUUCGCAACUGUUUCUCAUCUCAACAGUUCAAAGAAUUUGAUUCAAAAUCUAUUGAUGAAGAUGUUUUAGCAGAGAGACAACGAAUAUUAGCUAAAGAUAAAUUUAAUCAAUCAAAUAAUAAUACCAGAAAUAGUAUUACAACAGAAUCAUCGAAGGAUAUUGAUCAUUUAAUUGUCAAAGAUCUUGUUAAGUAUUAUCCACGUAAACAUGUUGUUGCUGUAAAUCAUCUAACAUUUGGUGCUAAACGAGGAGAAUGUUUUGGUUUAUUGGGAUAUAAUGGGGCUGGUAAAACUACAACGUUUCGUAUUAUUGUGGGUGAAGAAUCACCAACAUUAGGCACAUCCUACAUCGAUAAACAGAAUACACGAAAAUGUAUAAAAACUACAGAUUCUAUCGGUUAUUGUCCACAACAAAACUGUGAUAUGGAAUUUUUAACUGUACAAGAUUGUCUUUAUUUAUUAGCACGUAUUCGAGCUAUUCCAUCCGAGCAUAUUAACAAUGUUGUAUCACAAAUGGCAUCAUUAUUUUUAUUAGAACCAUUUCUUAAAAAUUACAUUCAAGAAUUGAGUGGUGGAACAAAAAGACGACUUCAUGCUGCACUUGCUCUUAUUGGACCACCAAAAGUUGCUAUACUUGAUGAACCAUCCACAGGUGUUGAUCCCUACUCUCGACGACAAAUGCGUGAAGUAUUUUUAAAUGCUGUUAAAUCAAAAUUAACAAUUAUUUUGACAUCUCAUUCAAUGGAUGAAUGUGAUACACUAUGUAAUCGUUUGGGAAUUAUGGUUAAUGGUCAAUUAUCAUGUAUUGGUAAUAUUCAACAUUUAAAAUCAAAAUUUGGCAAAGGUUAUACAAUUGAUAUUAAAAUAAAUGCAAUAUAUAAUGGUACUGGAAUCAAUGAGAUUCUACUCUAUUUUCAACGUCACUUACGUUUAGAUGCUGUAUUAAAAGAAUCAACGCUCUUAACGGGUGUAUUUCAAGUAACAAACACUACUCCAGCACAAUUAUUCGAAAUUCUAGAGCAAAACAAAACACAAUUUAAUAUAGAAACAUACUCUAUUUCACAAAGUACAUUAGAACAAAUAUUCUUGUCAUUUGGAAAACACAUUAUGGAUACCUAA